AUGCCCCCGCCGACCCCCUCCUCCCAAAGGGAGUCCCGCUUCGCACCACCCAUCCCUUCGCCCCUAAACCCCAGCAUUUUUCAUAGCGAUCCGACGCUCCCGCGGCGACACAGACAUCGCCGCAGCAGCACGACCGCCGCCCGCGCUGCGGCGCCGCGCAAGGCGAGUGGCCCGCUGAGCCCGACGCAGCGGCUCAUACGGCAGAAGGCCUUUGCUGCAUGGCAUGCCGCGGUCACGCAUCCGCAUAUACCUCUCAGUCCUAUCAGUCCCACCAGUCCUAUUAGUCCCACAACGGCAUGCGACGAGGGCGAGGAGGAGGAGGAGGAGAAGGAGGAGGAGGAGAAGGAGGAGGAGGAGAAGGAGGAGAAGGAGGAGGAGGAGAAGGAGGAGGAGGAGAAGGAGGAGGAGGAGAAGGAGGAGGAGGAGAAGGAUGAAUACAAAGAUCCUGAUGAAGACGGUGACGAUGACGCCUUCGGUGCAACCGGGGAUCUUGGCGAUUUCGCCACGAUGCUGGCCUCGGAGCUAGACGGGCGGAUGAGAGGAAGGAGUGUGGACAUCGCCACAAGAGACUACCGGAGGAAUACGAGAAAAUCGAGAGACUCGGCAGAUCCGAAAAGAGGCGGGAAGAGACUGGACUACCAACACGACGUCGACCUGGGCGGCGUGCUCCUGGGCACGGAGGACGUGGAGAAGCUGCCGCUGGUUGCGUGCGAGGGCGACGCCCCAUAUCAGAGGUGCGGUGCGUCGGAGCUGUAUGCCGCGUCGCGGAUAGUCGCUAUUUUGCCCUAUGGAAGACCGGCGGCGGCGGCGGCGGCGGCGGCGGCGAGGAGACCGAGGGUGCUGACGACGAGACGGGUGCUUACGGCUGUUGGGUUCUUGUGCGCUGUUGGCAUUUGGGCGGCGCUGAGGUCCAUGGGUGGUGUGCGACGGGUGGUCUCGCAGGCCGUGGCACCUUGA